UAAGCUUCAGAAAGCCGGGACCACGAAUAAAGGAGAGGCGGAGUUACGACACAAUCACAUGAUUUAUGGUCCAAACAUGGCUGGAGAGGACUUCGCCGUCGGGGAGGCGGCCGCCGCCGAUGCCACGACCACCACCACGAUUCAGUCUCCGAAGCACAAAAAUUCUCAACCUGGGGAGAGCCGUUACCGUUCUCCGGCUCAGGACCAGAUAUUCAUCUGCUCCUUCCCAUUUUGCGAUGCCACCUUCAACCGGGGCUGGAAACUGGACGCGCACCUGUGUCGGCAUACGGGAGAGCGACCCUUUGUUUGCAUUUUUGAAGGCUGUGGAAAAGGCUUCACUAGAGGUUUCCACCUUAAGCGUCAUUUUCUUACACACACUGGAGAAAAACAAUUUGUAUGCACAGUAGAUAAUUGCAAUAAAACAUUUACAACAAAAUCAAACUUGAACAAGCAUGUUCUACGGAGACAUCAUCUGAGGAAAUAUGUAUGUGACUUUGAAAAUUGUGGGCAAUCUUUUAAAAAGCACCAGCAAUUAAAAAUACAUCAGUCUCAACACACUGGUGAACCAUUUUUCAAAUGUGGUCAUGAAGAAUGUGGAAAGCGCUUUUCUUCACCCAGCCAUUUAAAACGACAUGAGAAAAUUCACCAAGGUUAUGCAUGCAAAAAAGAGAACUGUUUGUUUGUUGGAAAAACCUGGUCAGAGUACCUGAAACACAUGAGACUCAGUCACGUGGAACCAAUUACCUGUGAAGUGUGUUCCAAAACAUUGACUCGCAAAGAUUAUCUGAAAUGCCAUAUGAAAACUCAUGCUGUUGACAGAGAAGUUUUUAAAUGUCCAAAGGAGGGCUGCAAAAGAACAUACACAACAGUGUUCAACCUUCAAAGUCAUAUUCACUCAUUUCAUGAGGCAAAAAAACCUUUUGUGUGUGACCACCCUGGCUGCGGGAAAUUUUUUGCAAUGAAACAAAGCCUCAUAAGGCACAUGGUACUACAUGAUCCUGAUAAGAAAAAGUCAGACACAAAAAAACCACAGCAAAAGCGGAGCUUGGCCUCUCACCUCAGUGGAUAUAUCCCUCCAAAAGAACAGCGAAGAAAAUUAUCUUCAGUGGAAGAAUCUCUGCCUGCAUCUGCAGCAAGCAGCAAAGAGCAGGUUGCUGAUGGCUGAAAUGCCAUUCCUUGAA